GUUUUGCACUCAACUGCUACCAGUGUGACUCCACACUAGACAGUAACUGUCAGGAGAAAUGGGACAGCAGCCUGACAGUCAACUAUAAGAAGUACACUGCCUGUAACCUCUGGAAUGCCCAGUUUUGUGUGAAAGCUACUGGAAUGUGGGGAGGUGUGGUGGGGACCCACAGGUUCUGCAGCUCCAGGGACAUGGGUGACCAGUGCCAAGAUAUUUGGUUUCCUGACCAUGAUCGAAUGUACAGAGCUUGCAUCUAUACCUGUAGUUCUGAUGGCUGUAAUGGAGCUUCACAACUCUCAAUCAUUCCAGGGAUUGUUCUUGCUCUUUUGAGUACUUUAGUGUUGAUUGUCCGGCAGCUGUGA